AUGGAUUUUCACGACCCGCAUCCCCUCGUCGACCUGGCCGACUUGCCUUCGAAUGCUUUUGAGAGCGAUUUCGACUUCGGCCAGCCCCGGUCCGACGACUACUCGAGUUGGCCUGCGGAGUCAUCUCCCCUGCCCUUUGGCGGGGAGGAGGAACCGGAGGAGGAGGUAAUAGACGGUGACGCAGGGGAGGAGGCCGACCACGAAGCGGAGGAAGACGAUGAGGAAGAGGACUCCUCCGAGCACGAGAUUGAGGACGACUACGUGGACCAAGGCGAAGCGGAAGACGACCAGGAGUUCGGAAGCGAGCACGCAGACUUCGAGGCGGAACACGAGAACGAGUUCGAGUACAUCUCAGACGACGACGGCGGAUUUCACGAGGUUUGGAGGGCCGACGUUGACUGGCAGUCUGAACCGGAGUCAGAAGGCGGAAUAUCCGACGGCGGUCAACGCUACAUGAGUGAGUUUCUCGAGGAUUACGAGAACCGCCGAGUCGACAACAUACUCUCCGACAAUUCGCUUUUUGUCGACCAAGCGGCUCCCAACCUUCUUCCACCCAUCCAAAACCUUAUAGCUAGUGUCAGGCAAAACCACGCACGGGCUCUGAAUCUGCUGCACUCAGAACUUCGCAGGCAGGACCGCGCAUUGGGAAGAGCAUCAGCAGGGCCUUCUCGGGAGAAUCAUCGCCAAAACCACCGGCACCGUCCGUACGACAUGCCUCAGGAGCGCAGCAGGAUGGCGGACUCGAGAGACCACCGCAGCAACAAUCGCUUUGGGGAUGAAUUGGUUGCAGUCGAGAUGCGCGCGCCGUCGCGUCGCAACCAAACACCUCCAAGGGGACAGCCUGAAAUCAUUGACCUUACUGGUGAGCCGGAUUCACCUGAACAGCCUGCUGUUCUUCUUGCAGCUUCUCCCAGGAAUCGCGGGGCAAGGUUGAAUCAAGCUUCGGGAAGGCACCCGCGCCGCCAUUUGUCACUCGGCCAGCGCACACCCUCUCUUUCACGCAGCGACGGUAGCCUUCUUGGAAACAAUCCGAAUGUCAUUGACUUGACUUUGGACGAUUCUUCCCCGGCCCCGCCCCCUCUACCGCAACAACUCCCACGUCGCGAAAAUCCCGACAAUAAUCAUCACCACCAUCGCCAAAAUCAUCACCACUCUCAUCGCCGUCCACUCCAUCAGGUUCCACACAUCGAUUUGGAAGCGCCAGAGAGAUUCGCCGCAAGUCGAAUGAUCGCUGGGUUGGUUAGGAGCAUCAACCACCGCGUGUUUGGCUUUGGUGGCGACGCACCGGACGUUGAGGUUCAACUCAUCGGUGGCCGGGGUCUCAACAUGGACCCACUUGGAGGCAACAUUCCCAACCUCAACUAUCGCGGCAAUGGCAACAAUGGCGGCGCCGUGCCUAAGCCCGACCACGACCCUCCCCCGCCAGCGCGGGAGGGUUUCACGCGCGACACGGGCUCCGCCGAUGAUGUCGUUGUCUGUGCCGGCUGCGAACAGGAACUGAAGUACGACCCGGACCCGGCAAACUACAAUGCCAUGUCGCCGCGCCCGCCCAAGAAGCCCCGCAGCAGGAAGGAUCAGGAAGAGCAUCACUUCUGGGCGCUCAAGGAAUGCGGUCAUGUCUAUUGCAAGAACUGCUAUGAGAGCCGCAGCAGCCGUACCACCAAGCACGCGCCGCCUUCGGUAUUCCGUCGCGACAAGACUAAUAGAAAGGUGCUUUGCAAGGUGGACGACUGCAUGACGAGCGACGUCAACGUUAAAGCGAGCUGGGUCGGCCUCUUCGUCUGA